AUGUAUAAGUUGUCUGCUCUUCUCAUGAAUGUUGCCCUUCUGGCAAGCUCAGUGAAUGCUGGCAAGAUUUAUGUCUGCACUGGAAAGAACUAUACUGGCCACUGCACCGAUGUUGAGUUCAAAAGCGGUGAAUGUAAAAAUCUCCCUUUCGGUGACGGUAUCUCCUCGUUGCGCAUGUUCAAUUACGACUGUCAAUUCUACACCGACGUCCUUUGUGACCCCAACUCAGAGAAUACAUCCAUCACAUAUGAUAUGCCGGAUCUUCACACCGGCACUUUCAAUGAUCAACUCAGUAGCUUUAGAUGCUAA